UUCUACAGUCACUGGCACCAGCUGAAAUGGCGCAGCAAGAAAAUCAACGGGACAGAGAAAGAUUCUGCUGUUCGAUCUGUCUGGAUCCACUGAAGGAUCCGGUGACUACUGGCUGUGGACACAGCUACUGUCUGAGCUGUAUUAACACCCACUGGGACAAAAAGGAGGAGAGAGGAAGCUACAGCUGUCCUCAGUGUAGACAGACCUUCACACAGAGGCCUGUCCUAGUGAAAAACACCAUGUUAGCUGAUUCACUGGAGGAGCUGAAGAAGACUGGACUCCAAGCUGCUCCUGCUGAUCACUGCUAUGCUGGACCUGAAGAUGUGGCCUGUGAUUUCUGCACUGGGAGAAAACUGAAAGCUCUCAAGUCCUGUUUGGUUUGUUUGGCCUCUUAUUGUGAAAAACACCUCCAGAGUCAUCUUCAGUCCCCUCCAUGGAAGAAGCACAAGCUGGUGGAGCCCUCGGAGAAGCUACAGGAGAAUAUCUGCUCUCGUCACAAUGAGGUGAUGAAGAUGUUCUGCCGCACUGAUCAGCAGUGUAUCUGUUAUCUCUGCUCUAUGGUUGAACAUAAAGACCACGACACAGUCCCAGCUGUAGCAGAAAGGAUUUUGAGGCAGAGAGAGCUCGGACUGAGGAGACAAACAAUCCAGCAGAGAGUCCAGGACACAGAGAAAGAUGUGAAGCUGCUUCAACAGGAGGAGAAGGCCGUCAAUGGCUCUGCUGAUAAAGCAGUGGAGGACAGUGAGAAGAUCUUCACUGAGCUGAUCCGUCUGCUGGAGAAAAGAAGCUCUGAUGUGAAGCAGCAGAUCAGAUUCCAGCAGGAAACUGAAGUGAGUCAAGUCAGAGAGCUUCAGGAGAGACUGGAGCAGGAGAUCACUGAGCUGAAGAAGCAAGACCGUGAACUGAAGCAGCUCUUAGACACAGAGGAUCACAACCAGUUUCUACACAACUACCCCUCACUGUCACCACUCAGUGAAUCUACACACUCAUCCAGCAUCAGGAUCCCUCCUCUGAGGAACUUUGAGGACGUGACAGCAGCUGUGUCCCAGGUCAGAGGUCGACUACAGGACAUUCUGAGUGAGACAGAAACAGAGACUUUACAGAUUGUGUCUCCAGUGGAAGUUUUACUGCCACAACCAGAGCCAGAGACCAGAACUGACUUCUUAAAAUAUUCACAGGAAAUCACACUGGAUCCAAACACAGCACACAGAGGUAUGUUAUUAUCUAAGGGAAGAAGAAAAGUAAAGUAUAUGAGAAAAAAACAGACUUAUUCUAAUCACCCAGACAGAUUCACUGAUCUGCCUCAGGUCCUGAGUAGAGAGAGUCUGACUGGACGUUGUUACUGGGAGGUGGAGAUGGUAGGACAUGGAGCUGGUGUAGCAGUCACAUACAAGAAUAUCAGCAGAGCAGGAGACUCACUUGAAUGUGGAUUUGGAAAAAAUGAUAAAUCUUGGAUGUUAUUUUGUCAUGUUAACCGUUAUCACUUUGAUUACAACAGCAUCAGGACCCCAGUGUCAGGUCCUGUGUCCUCCAGAGUAGGAGUGUACCUGGAUCACAGUGCAGGUGUUUUGUCCUUCUACAGCGUCUCUGACACCAUGACUCUCCUCCACAGAGUCCAGACCACAUUCACUCAGCCUCUCUAUGCUGGAGUUUGGGUUUGUUAUUCUCCUGGAGACACAGCUGAGUUCUGUAAACUCAAAUAGACUCUAGUCAUAAAAAGCAGUGAUUUAGAUUAUGCGUGUAAAUCUUUAACUUCUUUUGUCUCCAUGUUUGUUGAUCAAAGUUCGUCGUGGUGACGUUUCUGCUCCAUACAGAGAUCAGCUGUUAAUCAAACACUGACCUUCUUUUAUCACACAUAUUUAGUUCUCACUUUGUAAAGACAGAAAUCUAUAAUUACACUGACAUGAAUGUGUUUGAAAGAACAGGCCCAUGAAACAAAAUAAUUAACUAGAGAGGCCAGCCAACGUCACCAUGCCCGACCAAAACCCAAAUACUGUAUCAAAAGUUUUGUCCGAACUCCGGUAACCACAAGACUCACCUCUUCUCCACAGCUAGACUCAUAACCAACAGCCCGAGUCUCUUGUGCUAUGUAAGGUUUGUUUAUGGGAAUUCUGUUGUCCAGGUGUAAAAAGUUUAAUAAAUAAAUACAUGACGAUAAAUUACAAAUGUGAGUGUAGGUGCACUUUCAUUGGAAUCAGUCUCAUCCACUAUCUGUUUGACGUGACUUCUCCUCACCUUUGAUACUUUCUCAUCUUAUGUGUCAUCAAGAAAUGACACGAAUCAAUAUUUUUCAAAUUGCUUCACCCUCGUCCAUCUGGAAAAUAAUUUUUUCUGAUACGAUAUUGUAUUCUAGGAGCGCCGCGGGCAACGUUAACAUCACCGCACCUAUUUCUCCUUGACAUAAAAAAUACUCUCAUACCUCCAGGGCGCACAGACACGGGCCAGGUUAGUAAAUCUCUCCAAGCUGCCAGUUUGAACUGUCACUUUGUUUAUUCUUGGACGAUGCAAACAUCUGGUUACAAAUAUCUGGAUGAUCGAUGGGAUUCUAAAGCAAUGUGAUACGAAUUUGAAUCUCUAAAUGGCAGUUUCAAAUGGAAUUUGAUGUUACAUAGGGAGAAUCGAACUCUUUUCAUUGCUUCUUGCUCUAUGUAUCUUUAGUUGUCAGAGUUUGGCCUAUCAGUUAAAGAGUCUUAGAAGUCAUUAGAGACCUGUGUUUAUCUCCAGCAAUCAGCAGGAAACCAUUAAAGCAUGAAUGAUUGUUUGAAGUCUUUAAUGCUGUAAAGAAGUAAAUCGCACUUACUUAUAGCACUUUGUAUUUUUGUUUUAUUUUUGAAGAAAUUGUACUUUCUUGAUUCUUGUGGUUCUGGGUUUGUACCCUCGGGGUUGAAUGGACUUAUUGUAAGUAGCUAUGGGUAAAAGCGUCAGCUAAAUGAAAUAUAAUGUAAUGUCAUGUAAUGUAAUGAAGGGGCAGCUCCUCUGGUUCAGGAAGCCCGGGAUCGUUCAGUUGUGUUCAGAAUGUUGACGAUUUUUGUUUUUUCUCUCCAUGAAAAUUACUUAAUUGGUCGGACACAGAUCCCAACAGAAUUAAUCACAGCAUGUAAAUGUAGAGGGCGCUGUUGCUCAAUAAAUGUUGCAUUGUGUUGCUUUAACCUGGGAAUAAUAAAUCAGUAAAAACUCACCAAA